AUGUGCCACACCAGCUGCCACACAGGCGGCCAGGCUGGCUGCUGCUCGCCCAGCCCUUGCCAGUCCUCCAUGUGCCUGCCCAUGAGCUGCAGGCCUACUGUGUGCAUGGCUCCCUCCUGCCAGUCCUCCGUGUGCCUGCCCGUGAGCUGCAGGCCUACUGUGUGCAUGGCUCCCUCCUGCCAGUCCUCCGUGUGCCUGCCCAUGAGCUGCAGGCCCACUGUGUGCAUGGCCCCUUCCUGCCAGUCCUCCGUGUGCCUGCCCGUGAGCUGCAGGCCCACUGUGUGCAUGGCUCCCUCCUGCCAGUCCUCCGUGUGCCUGCCCGUGAGCUGCAGGCCCGUCAUGUGUGUGGCCUCCUCCUGCCAGUCCUCUGGGUGCGUCCAGCCCUCCUGCCCCACCCUGGUCUGCAGACCCAUCUCCGGUGGCACCCCUUCCUGCUGCUGA